UCUCUCUCUCUGUCUAUCUCUCUCUCUCUCUUUCUCUGAGUUACCGUGCGUCCUGUUUACCUGAACAGCUAGGCUACUUUAUCCUCCGCUGUGCUGUGAGAAGACCCUCUGAAAGUACCCGGAUUAUCCUGCUCUGGACUCUCUCGUAUCUGCAGGUUCUCGCUGUUCUCCUCUCCUCUCUCUCUCAGUCUCUCAGAGCUCGCUGUGUCCUCUCACAGGUGGUUUCAGGGCACUUGUGGAGCAUGACCAUCAACGAGAGAGCAGCCCGAGCUCUGAAAGAGAUCCUCAAACGGCCGGGGAACGACACAUGCGCUGACUGUGGUUCUCCAGAUCCUGAAUGGGGAUCCUGUUCGUUGGGGGUGUUUAUUUGCCUUGCUUGUUCUGGAAUUCACAGAAACUUUCAGAGCCCUGCCAAGGUCAAAUCUGUCAGACUGUCUCGAUGGGAGGACUCUGAAGUGCAGUUCAUGGCAGAGAACGGGAACGAGGUGGCAAGGAGUAAAUACGAGGCUCAGGUGCCAGUGUACUACUACAAACCCACUCACAAGGACUGCCAGGUCCUAAAGGAGCAGUGGAUCAAAGCUAAGUAUGAGAGGUUGGAGUUCACUGUUGACAGGAAGCCGCUGUUGUAUGAGGAAGGCACCAGAGAGGGGCCGCUGAUGAAGAGAGGACGGGACAACGGUCAGUUCCUCACCAGACGAUUUGUCCUGUCAGAGAGGGAGGGGACGCUCAAAUACUUCACCAAGACUGAUGCAAAGGAGCCUAAAGCCAUAAUAAAGGUGGACACCAUCAAUGCUUCCUUCCAGCCGGAGAAGAUUGGCAAUCCUAAUGGCCUCCAGAUCACGUACCUGAAAGACUUCAACACACGCAACAUCUUCCUCUACAACGAAAGCAGCAAGGAAAUAGUGGACUGGUUUAACUCUAUCCGAGCAGUUCAGUUACACUACCUAAAAGUCGCGUUCCCUGGGGCGUCUGAUGUUGAGCUAAAACCCAAACUGACGCGCAACUUCCUGAAAGAGGGGUACAUGGAGAAGACCGGACCGAGGCAAACUGAAGGCUUUAAGAAGCGUUGGUUCACCUUAGACCACAGGAGACUAAUGUACUUCAAAGAUCCUCUGGAUGCGUUUGCUAAAGGUGAGGUGUUCCUGGGACACAAGGAUCUGGGCUACAGUGCCAGCGCAGGCCUGCCUCCCAACACCCACUGCAACGGCACCUGGCAAAAUGGCAUCACCAUUCAGACGCCGGAUCGCAGCUACCUGUUUACCUGCGAGACGGAGGUGGAGCAACAGGACUGGCUGAAGCACUUUAAUGAGCUCAUCAACACAGUGAUGUCACCUCAAGAGUACAGCAUGGAGGCCCUUUUCAAGCACAGGCACUGAUGGAGUCAGGCAUAUUCUUUUCAGCAUCUCUAUAAGUCUGAGACACAACACACUACUUUUUUUUUUAAAUACUUUCCAAGAAUUUGUAUGUUUUGUUGUUGUUGAUGUUGUUUUUUAUAUUUUUAGUAGUUAAUUAAUAAUUAUGCAGAGUAAAUACUAAGAAUAAUAAAAUGACAUUACUGUAAAUUGUUAUGACAUGGAAUUAAUACAUUUCAUCUGUGUUUUAAUAAAUUAUCUAUUUGAACAAAGAAAAAAAACAACAAUAUAUCAACCAUUUCUCUGUUUUAGGAAAUGAAUGAAAAUGAAAUUUGUACUUUAUUACAUUUUAAAUCUGAAAUGUGUUUUAUGUAGACUUAUAUUUCUUCAAUUAUAAAUUAAAUUAAGAAAUAAAUAAACGUACACUAGUGAAGAAAGGGAGAAAUGGAUGAUAUAUACUUACUCUUUGGAAGGGCUCAUAUAUAGUUAUGUGUUAGACUGAACUGUCAAAACGAUUGAUCUGUAACAAUGUAAAAUAUUUGGUUAAUCUACUGUUUAUUUACUUUUUUGUUUUAUAUAUAUACAUAUAUUACUGGUCAGAUUAAAAAAUAAAACACCCCUAUUUUUAGUA